CUUUGUGGACCUUGGCUCUUGACUUUAAUUUGAAGAAUGUUAUGUGGGUUCACAAGAAAUUUCAUAAAUACCAGUAUGUAGCCAUGUUGCUUUAUAGCGAUUCUUACUGUGUGUAAGCAAAAAUGGCCAAAGAAAAUUUCACCUUACUACUCCUCUACUUCCAUCUUCUCUCCAUGUUUGUUUCCCUUGAAGCUACAAUGUUCAGGAACUUCACCACAGCCCCAUGCAAUACAAUUGAGAGGAAAGCACUUGUUGAAUUCAAGGAUGGCGUUGAAGAUCCUACAGGUUUGCUUUCUUCUUGGGUUGGUGAUAACUGUUGCGCAUGGAACGGUGUCGUCUGCAGCAGCACGACAGGUAACAUCAUAAAGCUUCAUCUCAGAAACCUUAAUAAGCUUAGUGAUGCUCAGUUUCUCACGCCAGGUUUGGUGGGAAACAUCAGUCAUUCUCUGGUUAACUUGAAAUACUUGCGUUACUUGGACCUGAGCAGAAACAAUUUUAGUAGAAUUCAAAUUCCAAGUUUCUUUGGUUCACUUAGAAAAUUGAAAUACCUUAAUCUUUCUGAUGCAUCCUUUAUUGGAAAGGUUCCUUCUUCUCUUGGAAACUUGUCAAAUUUGCAGUAUCUUGAUCUCUCUGCAAAUUCAUAUAUCUGGGUUUCUGAUGUGAACUGGGUCUCAAGGCUCUCUUCUCUCAGAUACAUAAAUCUUGGAUAUGUGGACAUGAGCUUCGCAUCAUCUACUUGGCUAGAAGCUUUUGGUGUCCUUUCUUCUCUUGAAGAAUUGCAUAUGCAGCGUUGUAAUCUUCAAGCCUUCCCUCAUGGUCGUCUCCCAACUGUGAAUUUCACUUCACUGUUGCUCCUCCAUCUCCAUGAAAAUAACUUCAAUUCUUCCAUCCCUCUAUGGUUGUUCAAUAUUACAACCCUUGUAGACUUGAACCUUGCUAAUUCUGGCAUUCAAGGCUCCAUACCCAAUAUUGCUUUCAGAAAUCUUUGUCACCUGCAGAAUCUUGCCUUUUCUUCCAACAGGAUUAACAGUCAACUAACGGAAGUCGUAGGUGGCUUGUCUGAAUGCAGUAACAAUUCCCUGAGGCUGCUGGAUUUGUCAAAUAAUUAUUUCUGGGGACCCAUUCCAGCAUCAAUCAUGAAGCUGUCGUUCUUAGAAGAGUUAGUUCUCGAUCUCAAUGAUUUGAAUGGAACCAUCCCAGAAAGUAUUGGACAACUGAAGGCUUUGAAAUCUCUGAGCCUCACUGGAAACUCUUGGGAAGGCAUCAUUUCUGAGGUUCAUUUUCACUCACUUGAAGAUUUGAAGUACUUUGGCAUAUCCUCUACAAAUAAAUCUCUUGCAUUUGACUUGAGAAAUGAGUGGAUUCCACCUUUCAGUCUAGAAGACAUCCACAUUGCUCAUUGUCAAGUAGGCCCAUCUUUCCCUGGAUGGCUUGAAACUCAGAAGGAAUUGGUUGCUAUUACCCUUAAUGAAGUUGCAAUUUCAGACACUAUACCUGCCUGGAUUUGGGACAUGAGUCCACAGAUUGAGUUGUUGUUUCUUUACAAUAAUCAAUUACGUGGAACAGUGCCACAAGCAUUAAGAUUCUCGCCAGUAAUGUCGGUUGUGGAUCUAAGUUUUAACCUCUUAGAAGGUCCAAUCCCAAGUUGGUACAAUGUUAUCUGUCUCUGGCUGAGCAACAACAAAUUUUCAGGACAAAUUCCUGAAAACAUUGACCAAGCCAUAUCAAUCUUGGAUCUUUCAGGGAACUCUCUAACAGGAAACCUGCCUUCUUCAUUGAGUGAAUUAAAAAACUUGCAAAUUCUUUCUCUUUCAGAUAAUCAGUUAUCUGGGAAAAUCCUUGUUGAUUGGAAGGGUUUGACAGGGUUGAACGCAUUGGAUCUAUCUAAGAACAAUCUCUCUGGUCGCAUCCCAAGCACGUUAUGUUCAAUACGUAGUCUUACUGAUUUGAAACUGAACAACAAUAAUUUUUCUGGGAAAGUGUACAAGUCCUUGGAAAAUUGCACACGUUUGUCGAUGCUUGAUCUUGCAGGCAAUGAAUUCACAGGGAAAAUACCAAAUCUGAUUGGUGAAAGGCAAUUGUUUCUUGAAUCAGUAAACCUGAAAGCCAACAAGUUCAUUGGAAGCAUUCCUGAAUAUUUUUGUCAUCUUCCUGUUCUUCGCAUAUUAGUCCUGUCUGGUAAUAACUUGUCAGGAUCAAUCCCACCAUGCUUGGCCAACUUAACCAGCUUGAAAUCUUUUACAAGUUACUUUGAAUCACAGCUGGGUUCUCGUCCAGCGUACAUAGAGGAGAUGGAUUUGAUGAUGAAGGGAAGAAAAGUUGAGUAUACCAAAACAUUACAAGUUGUGAAUGUCAUAGACCUCUCACAAAAUAAUCUGCAUGGAGAAAUUCCUGAAGAAAUGAUGAACUUAUCAUACUUGAUUACUUUUAAUCUGUCAAGGAAUCAGUUGACAGGGAAGAUACCAGAGAAUAUUGGAGACUUAAAGCAUCUAGAAACUCUUGAUCUCUCGUGUAAUCAUCUUUCAGGUUCUAUUCCUCCAAGCAUGUCUUCCAUGACUUUCUUGAAUUAUCUCAACUUAUCACACAACAACUUAUCAGGACCAAUUCCGUCAGCCAACCAAUUUCAUACCUUCUCUGAUCCUUCAAUUUAUGAGGGUAAUCCUGAACUCUGUGGCUCUCCAUUGCCAAUCACUUGCUCAAUGCCAAAAGAUAAAGAUGAAGAAGCCAAAGUUGGUGACCAUAGAGAUGAUGGGAUUGAAAUGAUAUGGUUUUACUCAGGCAUGGCAUUGGGCUUUGUAGUCGGAUUUUGGUCAGUUUGUGGCACUUUGAUAUUGAAAAAACCUUGGAGACACGCUUAUUUUCGAUUUGUGGAUAGAAUGAAAGACAACGCCUAUGUGUUCGCUGCAGUAAACAAGGCUCGAUUGUUAAAGAAACUGAAAAGAGAAAUAUGAGAUGGUGAAUUGGUGCAAUAGGUAAAACAGGAUUUUUCCUUUCACCGCUUUUGCUAUUGUAAUGAAUGUGAUUUUGAAAAAAAGAAUUCAAAUGGUUUCGUACAAAAUCAUUUAUGAAUUUAUAUUUUUUAAGUUAAAAAAUUUUAAAUUCUUUUAUUUUAAUAAAGAAUUUUUCAAGAAAAGAAUUCAAUUGAAUUAAAUUC